AUGAAGACCGUGGACAAGCAGCGCCUGCUGGAUGCCAGGUCUGGAGCGCGGUCUUACAUGGGGUCUCUGUGGCAGAAUGGGGCUGGCUGGAUUUCCGUGUCACGACCUGAGCUGGACUUGCCAUCCAUUGAGCUGCCCGUAGAUGACAAUCACUACUGCCACUCCUAG